CAGGGAAACUGGGAUCCACCUUCUCUCUGUCUCUCUCUCUCUCUCUCUCUCUCUUUGGGGGCGUGUUCAAGACUCUGCAUGACUAUCCUUUGAGAUAUUCUGUUGUGAGACACUUGUGAAACACCUGACGACUCACAACAGCGCUUCAGUCUUUUAUACCAAGAUGCAGAGGUGGGUUGUGAUCUGUUGGGCUCUCCUGGCCCUGGUUGGUGCUGAAGAGUGUCCGGAUGGAGGGCGAUGUGAAGACGGUCAAACCUGCUGCAACGACCCAGAAAACGGCUAUGAAUGUUGCCCAUUUGAUCAGGCUGAGUGCUGUGAGGAUCACACACACUGCUGUCCAGCUGGUACAAUCUGCGAUACAGCCAAAUCCAGCUGUGUGAACGACACUGUGUCCAUCCCCUGGGCGGAAAGAACUUCUGCUGAGCAGCCUAGAUUGAAAUCCUUCAGGAUGAUCAAGUCGUACAUGGGUGAGGAGGAUGACAACAUCUGUCCUGAUCAGUCACGAUGCCCACCUGAGUUUUCCUGCCUGAGGACCUUGACGAAGUUUGGCUGCUGUCCUCUAGCCCAGGGAGUUUCCUGCUCUGAUGGCAAACACUGCUGUCCUGAAGGCCACCUGUGCAGUGAAGACAGCCGGUCCUGCAUCAAAACAGAGCUCACGACGACGGUUCUGUGCAGCGAUGGAGUGUCAGAGUGUCCAGAACAAACCACCUGCUGCGAAACCCCAGAGGGAAAGUGGGGAUGCUGCCCGAUGCCGAAGGCCGUGUGCUGCGAGGACAAGCUGCACUGCUGCCCUGAAGGGAGCACAUGUGAUGUCGAAGAGUCCAAAUGUAUUUCCUCAUCCACCAAAAAGGAGACGCCGAUGUGGGCCAAACUUCCCGCCAGAAUAAGAGCGGAGUGGGAGAGCAAGAAAGAGGCCGAACAAGUGUCUGCAGAGACGGCUAACGAUGGCGGAUCAGAAAAAGCCCCAGAGGUCACCACAGCGAAUACAGUUCCUCCUACACAGCAGGAAGCAUCUGUCACCGAGGCUGCUGGAGGUAACAACGUCCCCUGCAACGAUACAGUCGCCUGUGAAGACGGCAGCACAUGCUGCAAGACCACAGAAGGCAACUGGGCCUGCUGUCCUCUACCAGAGGCGGUUUGUUGUGAUGACCAUCUACACUGCUGCCCCAAAGGUAAGAAAUGCAACCUGGCUGCUCAGACCUGCGAUGACGACACAUGCUCCGUGCCCUGGUUCAAGAAGAUCCCAGCGAUCACCAAACAGGAAGUACAGGUGGGGGACGUCACAUGCGACUCUACCAAAAGUUGUCCAGAUGGAAGCACGUGCUGUAAAAACGCAGAGGGCGAAUGGGCCUGCUGUCCUCUACCAGAGGCUGUGUGCUGUGACGACCACAUUCACUGCUGCCCGAAAGGGAAGAAAUGUAACCUCGCUGCCCAGACCUGCGAGGACCCGGGAAGCUCCGUGCCGUGGGUGGAGAAGAUCCCAGCGAUCACCAAACAGGAAGUACGGGUGGGGGACGUCACAUGCGACUCUACCAAAAGCUGUCCCGAUGGAAGCACGUGCUGUAAAAACAAGGAGGGCAAGUGGGCCUGCUGUCCUCUACCAGAGGCGGUCUGCUGUGACGACCACGAACACUGCUGUCCUACUGGCACCACCUGCGACCUGGCCACCCUGUCCUGUAACGGCGCCUCAGGCUCAACGCCCAUGAUGCAGAAGAUUCCUGCGUUUUCCACGCCGGCUCUCACCACCGAGGCUGCUACAACCCAACCUCUGACUACAACCGUGACGCCAACACAGGCGACGGAUGAGGAGGAGGAGGAGAGUAAAGAUGAAGAGGGCAGGGUUCAGUGUGACCCCCACACCAGCUGCCCUGACUCCACCACCUGCUGCUUCAUGGCCUCGUCUCAAAAGUGGGGAUGUUGCCCGCUGCCAGACGCGGUGUGCUGUGCUGACGGAGCCCACUGCUGCCCCACCCAUUACAAAUGCAACGAGGAGCAGACGGCCUGCAUCAAGGGAGAAGUGGUGAUCCCGUGGUACACGAAGCUCCCGGCCUCCACCACCAGCGUCGAGGCCGAACCCGGCUCGGCGCGGUGCGACGGGAUGAACCAGUGUCCCGAACACACCAGCUGCUGCCGGCUCUUCACGGGCGAGUGGGGCUGCUGCCCGCUGCAAAAUGCGGUGUGCUGCCCAGACCAGGAGCACUGCUGUCCUCAGGGCUACACCUGUAACAUCGCCUCCCGCUCCUGUCAGAAGCUCAUCAUGCUGCAGCUGGAGACCAUCCCGCUGACGCAGGUGUACCUGCCUGAGCACCAGCUCCAGCCCAGGCCCGUAACGCACAGAGACGUCCAGUGCGACGACACGACCAGCUGCAAAGACGGAGAAACCUGCUGCAGGACGUCGCCCAGCACGUGGGGCUGCUGUCCUUCUCCUAACGCGGUGUGCUGCAGCGACAUGAAGCACUGCUGUCCCACAGGCUACACCUGCACCGAAGGAGGCAGCUGCACCCAGAACACCGGGCUCCACUGGCACAACUGGCAGGUGUUCCUCGCCAACAAAAAGAGAGCUCUGGUCGUGUGAAAACACGACCGCCCACUACCAGCCCAGCCCUCGUACUGUCAUUUAGUUCAGCACGCAAUGCACUAAUGGAAGAUGAAAAGGGAUUUUAUGAUAAUUUUUAAACGCUUUGUAUCGUAGAGCAGGAAAAAAUGGUGAAGGGGAAAGUGAAUUGAACUUGGAGUUGUAAGUUUCUAUCUAGAAGAAUCUACUUAAUGUUCACAGGUGUGUUUAACUUGUUUUAAAAACAAGUCGGAUCCUUGUUAUUCCAAGUACACAGUUUCCUACUUGAAACUCUACUCCCUCCAUGAAAUAAUCAACUGAAACACUCCGCAGACGAUGUGAUUUUGUUCUUCUCUGUGACUGUAUGUUCUGCUUCAGCUGCCUGUUAUUGCAAAGUGCGCUCCUCUGUUGAUUUCUAAUGUUGAAUGUGACAAAUGUUAACUGCACGGUGUGAUGAAGGAACAGUCAAAGCUGCUGUCGUGUUGUUUUCUGUUCUCACUCUGUCAUUCUCACACGUUCUUACAUGACACUUUGUUUAUCUGAGGGUUGAGGUCACUUUGUGGCGUCUUCCUGCAGCGAUUUUCAAAUCAGAGGUGUUUUAAUUUUGUGCAUCAUGUGCUUGGUGCAGCUUGAAACCUCCUGAGGAAUCUGAGAGGUUUCUACAUUUUCCAUAAAACCAAUAAACAAUAAAGAUACCAUGUUACAACAUAA